ACCAGGUAGUUAACAGGUAGUUAAUUAAAGUAUGGCGUCGCUAGCUGCGCAGUGGCCGCACGCUUUCAUGCGCACGGCGGAAGGUAUCACUCUGCACUACGUGGAUGUGGGGCCUCGAGACGCAUUGCCUGUUGUGCUGGUGCACGGCUGGCCUGAUCUCUGGUUCGGGUGGAGGCACCAAAUCCAGGCACUGCAGUCAUCCUACCGUCUCAUUGUACCUGACCUCCGCGGCUUCGGUCAGAGCUCCACACCACAGAACGUGGAGGCUUAUGGCGCCAAGAACGUCACGAACGACUUGGCUGCACUCUUGGACGGCCUGGACAUUGAGAAGGCUGCGUUCCUCGGCCACGAUUGGGGUGGAGGAAUGGUCUGGCGCAUGUGCCUUUACCAUCCUGAGCGAGUGAUCGCUGUUGGUGCUGUGUGCACAGCCUACACGCCUCCAGCCAAGCGCUUGAUGCCAUUAGACGUUGUCGUCGCCAAGGUCCCGUAUUUCUCGUACCAGAAGAUCCUGGCAGACGCUGAGAACACGGGAAAGAUGUUGGAUACAGCUCCACGUCGCUUCCUCACUGCUGUAUUCCGCAAACACUCGGAGAUGAGUCCGACGCUGGAAGAUGGCAAAAUGCCGAUUAUCGGUACGCUCCAGGGCGUGACAAACUCCACGGAUCCAAUCUUCACGCAGCGCUCGGCAAUGCUGUCGGAGAAGGAGCUUCAGUACUAUGUGGAUCAGUACAAACGCUCCAAGUUUCAGAGCACGUGCCAGUACUACGCGACGCGAGAGAUCGACUUCAAGGACGAGCAGGGGAUGGCUCCAAUCAUCAACCACCCGGCGCUAUUCAUCGCCGCGGCAAAUGACCACGUUCUUAAACCCGAAUUGGCUCACAAAAUGCAUCGAUUUCUACCUAAUCUGGAGACCCACGUCGUGGAUGACGCCGGCCACUGGGUCUUAUGGGAGCAGAAGGAACGCGUGAAUGGGAUUCUGAAGGCCUGGCUGGACAAGCUCUCGGCUACUGGAGCUAAUCGCAGCAAGCUGUAAGCAGAAAGGAACGAGUGUGAGGAAGAAAAGAGUCAACUGCAUUAUCUUAGCUACGUAUUCGAAUGUAUUACCAGCUAAUUUGAUGAGAAGUUGCUAUUUUGCCUGCAACUAUGGUACAAUCGAUGUCGGUUCGCAGAUUCGGUCCAGCCACUGAUGCAGAAUUCUCGUG